AUGGAAGACAAAGAAAACUUUUUAUUCAAAUGUAAAGGAUAUAAUUUUAUAAAUAGUGAAAUUGAUAUUGACUUUUUAGAAAAUUUGGAUGAUUUUGAAAUCAGAGAUGAUGAUGUCUUCAUAAUCACAUACCCCAAAUCUGGAACCAUGUGGGUUCAGCAGUUACUGAGCCUGGUUUAUUUUGAAGAGCAUCGCAAAAGAACUGCAAAUGUGGACACAAUUGAUCUAGUCCCCUUUCUUGAAUACUAUCUUCCACCAAGUGACUUUGACAAAAGACCAUCUCCUCGUCUGUUCUGUAGCCACAUUCCAUACUACUUGGUGCCCAGAGGGCUGAAGAAGAAAAAAGCCAAAAUUAUUUAUGUGUACAGGAACCCUAAAGAUGUUAUGUGCUCAUUUUUUCAUUUUUCAAACUUGAUGAAAACAUUGAAACCAUCUGGCAAUAUGGAAGAAUUCAUGGAACUCUUUUUAGAAGGAAAAGUAAUGGGAAGUCUUUGGUUUGACCAUGUCAGAGGUUGGUAUGAGCACAAAAAUCACUUCAAUAUUCAGUUCAUAAUGUAUGAGGACAUGAUAAAGGAUCUGAGAAGUUCUAUAUUAAAAGUCUGUAAAUUUCUGGGGAGAGAAUUGAGUAAGGAAGACAUGGAUGCUGUUGUGACUCAAGCCACGUUUGAAAACAUGAAGUCUGACCCACGUGCAAAUUAUGAAAAUGCACUAAUCAAGCGACCUGAAAUUAGAAGGACACAUGGCCAUUUCCUUCGCAAAGGUACCAUUGGAGACUGGAAAAAUCACAUGACUGUUGCCCAGAAUGAAAGAUUUGACAAGAUUUUCCAAAAGGAGAUGAAGAAUUUACCCUUGAAGUUCAUCUGGGAUAUAAAUGAAGAAUAG